UUUAUUAAUUUUUAACGUAAUUAGUGAAAUGGCCAUAAGAAAUUUCUCUGUUAUCGCUGCUGCUUGUGAAAAUUUUGGUAUAGGUGUAAAUAAUAAAUUACCAUGGCGCCUUAAAAAUGAGAUGAAUUAUUUUACUCGGAUCACCAGCUCAACUCAGGAUAAUUCCAAACGCAAUGUUGUUAUCAUGGGUAAAAAUACUUGGCUUUCGAUUCCUGAGAAGUAUAGACCUUUAGAAGGAAGAAUUAACUUCGUUGUCAGUCGUUCAAUCAAAGAUAAACCUGAUAAAUUAGAUGGUUUAUUCAAGGAUUUACAAACAGCCUUAGAAGCCGCAUCAAGCUCAGAUAAAGUGGAAAACAUAUUCAUUAUCGGAGGAGAGCAAGUUUAUCGAGAAUCUUUGAAUUUUCCAGAAUGCCAUAAAAUUUAUCUAACUAUUAUUGAUGCUAAAUUUGACUGUGACACAUUCUUUCCAAAAUUUGAUGAGCAGUUAUUCAAAGAAAUUGAUGAACUUGGUGUUUCUAAGGAAAUUCAAGAAGAGAACGGCUUGAAAUACACUUUUCAUGUUUAUGAACGCCAAAAAUAAACAAAAAUAACAUUGUUAAAAAAUUUGAAAAUAA